CAGUCCCUCUUGAAAUGUUCGGGCAUGCCACAGUGAAAGCAUCCCUGUCCUUUGCACUCACCCCGAUGGUGCCUUUUGCAGCUAGGGCACUCGGGAUAGGAGAAGCGGGUCUCAGUACCACCAGGACGACUCCCUCUGUUCUGGUUCCCCCGGAACCUUUUGUUCUGACUCGAGCCACCGGAAGCAGUGGGUGCUCUCUUCCUCUGAUCAAUGGCCGAACCACUACUCCCCCUGCUAAAGCCUGAUGCAGGAGGGGUAGGAGCCCCGCCACUCGCCGGAGUACUAGCUGACUCCGACAUACACCCAACUGCGCCCUCAGCUCGCAGUGCCUUCUCCACCAUCUUUGCAUAGGUGGUGCUGUCGUCCGUGGUGAUCAUCAAGUCGUGCUUGAUCUUCGCAUUCAAACCAUCAAGAUACUUCUCUUUCUUGCUUAAGUCGGUCGGCACAAUUCCCGAGGCUAACCUCGCCAACCGGUCAAACUGAGUAGUAUACUCAGUGACGCUCAUAUUCUCACGCUGGGUCAGGUGAGCGAACUCUUUCCUCUUGGCGCUUCUGACCGCCUCGUUGUAGUACUUUGCGUUGAAGACUUCCUGGAACCUUUCCCAGGUCAUGGUGGUGACGUCAUGGAUCUGAGACACCAUGUCCCACCAGACCAGAGCGUCCUCCUGGAACUGGAAAGUGGCACACACCACUCUGUCAUUACCGGUGACACCCAUGAAGUCAGGAUCUUGGUAAUCACCGUCAGCCACUGCUCGGCUUUCAUCACGUCCGGACCUCGCAGGAAAACCGGAGGUGCUUGCUUCCGGAACCGUUCAUACAGAGGUUCCAAUCUAUGGGCUGCCACCACAAUCUCGGCCUGGGCAGCAGGGGCAGGUGCCACUGGAACUACGGGCACUGGAACCGCAGGAGCACCCUGCUGUCUCAACCUCUGAAUCUCGAGGUUAAGACAGCAGGGUGCUCCUACAGUUCCAGUGCCCGUAGUUCCAGUGGCACCUGCCCCUGCUGCCCAGGCCGAGAUAGUGGUGGCGGCCAAUAGAUUGGAACCUCUGUAUGAACGGUUCCGGAAGCAAGCACCUCCGGUUUUCUUGGGAGGUCCAGACGUAAUGAAAGCCGAGCAGUGGCUGACGGUGAUUACCAAGAUCCUGAACUUCAUGGGUGUCACCGGUAAUGACAGAGUGGUGUGUGCCACUUUCCAGUUCCAGGAGGACGCUCUGGUCUGGUGGGACAUGGUGUCUCAGAUUCACGAUGUCACCACCAUGACCUGGGAAAGGUUCCAGGAACUCUUCAACGCGAAGUACUGUAAUGAGGCGGUCAGAAGCGCCAAGAGGAAAGAGUUCGCUCACCUGACCCAGCGUGAGAAUAUGAGCGUCACCGAGUAUACUACUCAGUUUGACCAGUUGGCGAGGUUAGCCUCGGGUAUUGUGCCGACCGAUUUCAGCAAGAAAGAGAAGUACCCGGAUGGGUUGAAUGCGAAGAUCAAACACGAUUUGAUGAUCACCACGGACGACAACACCACCUAUGCUCAGAUGGUGGAGAAGGCACUGCGAGCUGAGGGCGCAGUUGUGUGUAUUUCGGAGUCAGCUAGUACUCCGGCGAGUGGCGGGGCUCCUACCCCUCCUGCAUAAGGCUUUAGCAGGGGGAGUAGUGGUUCGGCCAUUGAUCAGAGGAAGAGAGCACCCACUGCUUCCGGUGGCUCGAGUCAGAACAAGAGGUUCCGGGGGAACCAGAACAGAGGGAGUCGUCUUGGUGGUACUGAGACCUGAUUCUCCUAUCCCGAGUGCCCUAGCUGCAAAAGGCACCAUCAUGGUGAGUGCAAAGGUCAGGGAUGCUUUCACUGUGGCAUGCCCGGACACUUCAAGAGGGACUG